AUGAUGUCUGACUUCCGGUCCGGUCCCGGCUGGGCAGAAUACGACCCGACUUCGGCGCCCCAGGUUGUCAUCCCCAAUGCCCCCGAAGUCGUCAAUCAGGAUGUUCACAUACCCAUGAAUAACCUCACCGCCAACGACCGCGUUUUGAAGAGCAACGACGGCGCCAAUGAUGGCAACGGAGCUUCUCCCCUUACCCUGUUACAGCGCCUCCGUCCUCACAGGUGGAUCAUCACCAUCGUCGCUGUCUUACUCCUCGUGGGGAUCGUCGCCGGCGUCACAGUCCCAAUGGUGCAGAAGAGCAAUGCCUAUUCGCGUGGCAGCUAUUCGAGCAUGCCUUCGACCUCUUCUUCCGCCUUGAUCACUACCACGGCGCCUUCCUCCGCCACCUCCACCGCCACCGCCACCCCGUCAGCUUCACAGGGCCCUGGAUGCGACUCAUCCAAGUUCAUCAGCGACGUCAGCUGGAUAGGAAUCGACAAAGGUCGCGAUUGGAAGUACCGUCUCAAGCCGGCUAAGAGCCCCGAAGACUGCUGCACGAUCUGCCACCAGUCCAUUCCAGAGGGCUGCAACGGCUGGUUGUUCGUCAAGACAAAUACCAACACCCCAAACUGCAACUUGAUCUAUGGUUAUUCUGGCCCAAACAAGACAAACGCCUGUCCGGCAGGCAAGCCAGACCUGGUCUACAACGACGGCGACGGUCAAGGAGGCGGCGGCCCUUGCGCAGAAAAGAUUCGGGUAUAA